AUGGGGUGGCGUCGGGGCGAUGGGGGGAGGGGGGAAGCCACGACUAACAUACGCGUGUGCGUGUGGUGCGCUCACGCACACCGGCGCACCGCCCUUCGGCCGGCAGCAGCUGGGCCGCGUCUGAGUGUUGCUGUUAUGCACACAAUAUUUUGUUUCUUUCCGCGGAACGCAGCGGUCGGAGUGCAGCCGUACAGGUGCAUCGGGCGGCCAGGUGGCUCCUGUUACCCGACCAGCCAACGAGGACGCUCAGAAGCCUCCAGGGCCACGCAACUGUCUAAGCUGUUGCCCAAGGGCAAGCUUGUCCAUGGCCACGGCCUGGACCAGGGGAUCGUUAAGACGACGUAUCAAAGUGUGAGUACGAGCGGCGAUAUUCCGCUCGGGAAGCGUUCAACUGCGGCGCUAAAUCAGUCGGGAUGUAAACACGGGAACCCAGACAUGCGUGGCGGCACGCGCCUCAUGAAUAUAGAGUCAAUGGUGGACGGGCUUGAACCGACGCCCGACCGCGGACCGUCGGUUCACUCGCAAUCCACCUCCGAACGCCUCAUGCGCGGCCCAGGGGCGGCCCAGGGGCGGCCCAGGGGCGGCCCAGGGGCGGCCCAGGGGCGGCGGGUGAUGGCGCCCAUUAACGCCACCGUGUGGAAAAUUACACGCGCGCCUAUUACAAUGGAAAAAUCCGAGCGCCAU